AUGCGACCUACAACAAUCACUCGCCUGGCUGGCUUGAAUGGCCUGCGAGUCACAUCCAGAAAUGGCAUUUCUCGACGGCAUUUGACUAUGCUGCAUCCCCCAAAAUUUGAAAAUGAAAAAAUGCUAAACUAUGCCAAGGGCUCACCCGAAAGAGCCGAGUUGACAAAGACAAUUCAAAGGAUGAAAAGUGAAUUCCCAGUCACAAUUCCCCUUCAGAUCAAUGGUGCCGAGAUCGAAACGAAGCAGUCCCGAGCUCAACUCAACCCUUCAAAGCACCGUGAAGUCGUCGCAAACUAUGCAUCAGCCACACCCGACCAAGUCAACGCAUCAAUCGAUGCUGCGUUGAAAGCGAAACCACAAUGGGAAGCUACCCCCUUCGAAGACCGCGCGGCAAUCUUUCUACGCGCAAGCGAGCUCAUCACCGGAAAAUAUCGCUCGGAGAUCGUUGCAGCAACAAUGCUAGGACAGGGCAAGAACAUCUGGCAAGCUGAAAUAGAUGCCCCGGCCGAAACGGCCGAUUUCUUCCGCUUCUACGUCCAGGAAGCAUGGGCUUUAUACUCUCAACAACCUAGAGUUCAGCUGGAUGGGAACUGGAAUAAAAUGGAGUAUCGUCCUCUUGAAGGCUUCACUUAUGCAAUCGCUCCCUUCAAUUUUACUGCACUAGGUGCCACACUUGUUGGACCGGCUGCACUCCUGGGCAAUGUUGUUGUCUGGAAGCCUUCGGACUCGGCGCUGCAUGCUAGUUGGUUACUCCACAAGAUCUUGCUGGAAGCCGGUCUACCUAAGGAUGUCAUUCAGUUCCUCCCUGGUGAUGCCGAGGAAGUGACCAACACCGUCCUCAAAAGACCUGAGUUUGGUGCUCUCACUUUCAUUGGAUCUACUGCCACUUUCAAGGGUCUACAAAAGAAAAUCGGCGAUGGUAUUGGCCAGGGUAUUUACAACUCCUAUCCUCGUGUGGUUGGUGAGACGGGAGGAAAGAAUUGGGGCGUUGUGCAUCCUUCGGCAGACGUCAGGAGUGCCGCUCUAAACACUAUCCGAGCAGCCUUCGAGUAUCAAGGCCAAAAGUGCUCUGCCAACUCACGAGUCUACGUGGCCGAGUCUGUGUGGCCAGAAUUCCAAAAGACUCUUGUUGAAGAGACAGCCGCCUUGAAGAUCGGACCCGUUGAAGAUUACGCCAAUUUCGUCAACCCUGUGAUUCACGAACGCUCUUUCGACAAGCUGAACAAAUUCAUUGAAGACGCAAAGACCGAUUCAGAACUACAGCUACUGGUGGGUGGCAAGGCAUCCAAGGAUGAAGGAUUCUAUGUGCACCCAACCAUCUACCGCACAUCUAAUCCUCGUCACGAAAUAAUGUCUACCGAGCUGUUUGGUCCUAUUCUGGGCAUUUAUGUUUACCCCGAUCUGGAGUGGGAGGAGACUCUCAAUUUGAUCGAUACGACAUCUCGCUACGGCUUGACUGGUAGCAUCUUCGCCAAAGACCCCUAUGCCAGUCGUCAGGCACAAACUAUCCUUAAACAUGCUGCCGGUAUGCUUUACUUGAACACGAAGUGCACUGGCUCUACCGUGGCUCAGCAGCCCUUUGGUGGAAGCCGUGAUUCCGGUACCAACGAUAAGACUGGCACGAUGGCCCAUCUCCAGCGGUUUGUUAGCACUCGCACAAUCAAGGAGGAAUUUGUGCCUUUAGAGAAAGUCGAGUAUCCUUCGAACGAGGUUUAA